AUGACACAAACACUUGACGCUGUUUAUUCCUGCAUUUCAAAUGUGUCUGCCACUGGGAUUCUACUUGGAACAUCUUUCCUCGCCUUCGUUCUCUACAGACUAGUACACCGUCUACUCGUGAGCCCUUUGAGCAAGAUUCCGGGACCGCUGAGCUUGAAAGCCACAAGUAUCUUUAACAAGUACUAUGAACUUCGUGGGCAAAAAAGAGAGUGGCUUCAUGAGCUUCACAGUCGAUAUGGUGAAGUCGUAACUAUUGGUCCAAAUGAGGUUUCCUUUGCCAGCGAAACUGGUCUGAAACAAAUCUACAGUUCCGGCAGCAAGGACUUUUUGAAGACCGAGCUUUAUGAUUUAUUCAGACAAGCUGGACAAAUUAAUCUUUUUACUGCCAUCGAUCCCCAUCAGCAUGCUUCUAUUCGUAAGCCAUUGGCUGACCGAUACUCGAACACGAAUAUUCUCAAAUCGAAGAUCCUAGAUUCCAUUUCCGAGCGCUCUGAGGCCUUUGCGGAACUCGCAAGUCGAAGGGCUUCCAUUGAUGUCUAUCUUUUUCUUCAUGCAUAUGCCCUAGAUUGUGUCACAUCUAUGCUAUUUCAUCCCUAUGGAACAAACUCUUUGAGUGGAACCGGAGAUAAAGAGAUGGUUGAGCUUCUAUCUUAUGAUGACAGUCGCAUAGGUAUUAGCAAAGGAAAAUGA